CCGAUGCGUUCUUAUCCCCACGAUUCAUCCCACUGCAUCCCCCGCGCCCUCCUCUCCUCUUCGUCUUCCUCCUCGCUUCGCUUCGACUGCUUCGAUCGAGGAGAUCGAGGUUGCGAUGCCGGAUUCGGACAACGAGUCAGGGGGGCCGAGCAACGCGGGGGAGUACGCGUCGGCGAGGGAGCAGGACAGGUUCCUGCCGAUCGCGAACGUGAGCAGGAUCAUGAAGAGGGCGCUCCCGGCGAACGCCAAGAUCAGCAAGGACGCCAAGGAGACGGUGCAGGAGUGCGUCUCGGAGUUCAUCUCCUUCAUCACCGGCGAGGCCUCCGACAAGUGCCAGCGGGAGAAGCGCAAGACCAUCAACGGCGACGACCUCCUCUGGGCGAUGACCACGCUCGGCUUCGAGGACUACAUCGACCCGCUCAAGCUCUACCUCCACAAGUUCCGCGAGCUCGAGGGCGAGAAGGCCAUCGGCGCCGCCGGCAGCGGCGGCGGUGGCGCCGCCUCCUCCGGCGGCUCCGGCUCCGGCUCCGGCUCGCACCACCACCAGGAUGCUUCCCGGAACAAUGGCGGAUACGGCAUGUACGGCGGCGGCGGCGGCAUGAUCAUGAUGAUGGGACAGCCUAUGUACGGCUCGCCGCCGGCGUCGUCAGCUGGGUACGCGCAGCCGCCGCCGCCCCACCACCACCACCACCAGAUGGUGAUGGGAGGGAAAGGUGCGUAUGGCCAUGGCGGCGGCGGCGGCGGCGGGCCCUCCCCGUCGUCGGGAUACGGCCGGCAAGACAGGCUAUGAGCUUGCUUUCUUGGUUGGUGUUUUGGUAAUUAAUUAAUCAGAGGACAUGUCGGGUUAAUUAAUCUUAAUCUCUGUUUUUUCACUCUUUUUUUUUACCUUUCUUUCUCUCUCUUUUAUCUUUCCUUUUCUCAAUGUGCUAAAAUGAGUCAAUUAUAUGGCUAAAUUCUCUACUAAUUCGCUUCCAUUGACUUCUUCUUAAAUUCUCCUAAUAAUGAUCCCAUGGUUCAUUUGUUUGGGCUGCUAAGAUGAUUAAACAAGCUUAAUUAGUUAA